AUGAAGCUCGCUCUCCUGCUCUCGUUGGCCCUAGCGACCACAACUACCUUCUCCAACGCUUCUCCCUUAGACGAAGGUAUCGGUGCAGUCCCCCUCGUCCUCAACCCCGACUACAUCCACAACACCCCUGCCCAUAUCCAAAAACUCAAUAAACGAUACCCCAAUAUCAAAAUCAAGGCCGGUGAAGGUUUUGUUUCAGCUUGUACUGGAAAGGUGGGCCUUGUUAAUGUCAACCCUGACCUUGAGUACUACGGUGUGGUAAAAGUGGGAACUCCAGCCCAAACACUCAACCUCAUCUUCGACACAGGGUCCUCUGACAUCUGGUUCCCCUCCACCUCUUGCUCUACACCCGCAUGCAAAGUCCACACCCGCUUCAACUCGUCCAAAUCCUCAACCUACAAAAAAGAUAACCGACCCUGGAAAAUUGAGUACGGAGACGGAUCUUUCGCCAACGGCUAUCUCGCGUCCGAAAUUGUCAACGCCGGUGGUGUGCAAGUUAGGCAGACGGUGGGACUAGCAAAGAAUGUGUCGGACAAGUUCAAGGACUCGCCGGAGGAUGGGAUCUUUGGGUUAGGGUUCAAUACUCUGUUGAGCGUCAAGGGUGUCAGCACAUUCAUGGACAACGCCAUAGCCACCUCUGCGAAGAACAAGACCAAAGGCGGUGUGUUGAAGCAACCAGUCGUGUCGGUCUUCUUACCUUCGCUCCGCAAGAACGGCGGCCGCAAUGGUCACGUUCUCUUCGGCGGGAUUGAUCAUUCACAGUACACUGGUCAGCUCCACUACGUCCCCGUUACUCAGAAAGGGUUCUGGCAAGUCAAGCUCGAUGCCUUCAAGAUCCCUACUCUCCCUUCCAAAGAAGCCAGCAGCGCCGCCCAUAACAGGAACAAGCCUGCAUGGGUCGAACAUGCCACCCCUAAACAGGAAGCAAUCCUCGACACCGGCACGACCUUAAUCAUCGUCUCUACAUCCGCCGCGAAACUAAUCCAUUCCUCUAUCCCCGGUGCCACUCUCGACCAAAAACUCGGCUACCUUGUCCCAUGCGCCCUGCGCAACACCCCUUCAUCCUCCGUUAUUGGCUUCAAACUGAACGGGAAGUAUCUCAAGGUCCCACUUGCAGAUCUGGCAUUUGAGGCGGUUGAUGGUGAAAAGGGGGAGACUUGUCUGUCGGGAGUGCAAGGUGGACAAGAAGGGUUGUGGAUUCUGGGUGAUGUAUUUAUCAAGAACAAUUAUUGUGUCUUUGACCAUUCGCCUUUGAACCCUCGCGUGGGUCUCGCGCCUCUCAAGUAUUAG